GGUUACAUUCUUCAUUCACGGGAGGUGGUCUUGACAACUUGUUAUAAAGUGAUUCAACAAAAUGUCUAAAGAUUUGUUUUGAAUACUCUCUAGAGAAUUCAAGAUGUCAGCAAAGCCUUGCUUUGUGUGUAGGGAGCAAGUUAAUUUGAAGAAUUCAGCGAAGGCGAUGCGAAAUUACCUCCACAAAAAGUGCUUCAGGUGUUCGGUGUGUGGGGAAGACGUUUCGUCUUGUUACUUCGCUCGCGGCUCCGAGCUUUUUUGCCGAAGGGACUAUCUUCUCAAGCAUUCUUCAGUCUGCCAUGGCUGUGCUUGCAAAAUAACAGGACCAAUGAUGGUUAUUGGUGAUCACAAGUUCCACACUGAAUGUUUUUCUUGUAAUCAUUGUAAAAGAUACCUUACUGAUGAUGAUGAUUAUGUGAUGGUCGAAAGAAAUAGGCUCUUAUGUGGUAAAUGCUAUAAUAUUGAGGUCAAAGAGGCAGCACCUGAAUACGAUGUGGGUUCUUGGCAUACAAUUCAUCAUCUCCACUUGGUAGAAGACAAGUCAAGGAAAAUUAGUCUAAAUGUGGAAGUUGAUGCUCUGCAAAAGAGAAAGCCUUCGAUUGAAACAGGAAACAUCAGUAUAGUCAUUAAACAGUUUGAACCAGGGUCAAAAGCUGCAGAUAAAAGAACCCUACUGGAAGGAGAUAAAGUUUUGGAACUGAAUGGCAUUCAAGUUGACAAUGAGAAUGUUGAGACGGUUGGUGCCACACUCGUGAAGAAACCCACAGGGAUAUACCAGAUUACAUUGGAAAGAAACCCAAGCUUCUCGUCCUCCAAGAAGCCCACUAUGAAUCUACCUGCACCAUCACCUAACUCACUCAAACCUCAACUGUGCAAACAAGACAGCUUUGAAGGAGAAGAGGAAUAUCAAGAUGAAAAGGCUAGGCAACGUCAAAGAUCAAUCACAUUUUUUUCUAAAAGGUCUUUUAAGCGAUCAGCAACAGCAGCAAGUCCAAAGGCUAAUGGAGAGACGGAGGAAAAAGAACAUGUCACACAUCAGCACUCUUUCCCCUGUACUAAAGAUGAACUGAACAAAGAAGAAAUGAGGCGUUUGAAAGAAAGAGCUGUUUCUAUGCCAAGAAGUAAUUCUCUGUCUGAUGUUCCAAAGAUGAGGUCUCCACUCCUUCGAGCUCAGUCUUUUAAGUACGACCAUGGUUACAAUAGAGUGUUUCGACCUUGUGAUCUGAUUAUUGGUGAAGAAAUAGGACGAGGGUUCUUUGGACAAGUGGUUAAGGUGACACACAAACAAACAGGAGAAGUGAUGGUCAUGAAAGAGCUUCUUAUGUACAACAAGGAAGACACAGAUAACUUCCUAAAGGAGGUUGCACUAUUGAAGAGCCUGCGUCACCCGCACGUCUUGCGGUUCAUUGGUAUACUCUACAAGGGGAAAACCCUAAACCUCAUUACAGAAUACAUUAGAGGGGGCACUCUACGAAAAGUCUUAGAAGACAAGGUGAUACCACUGUCCUGGACCCAAAAGGUCAAAUUCUGCCGUGACAUCGCAGAUGGAAUGGCGUACCUCCAUGAAAUGCAUGUUAUGCACCGGGAUUUGAAUUCCAACAACUGUCUAGUGAAAAACGACGAGGAAAUGACAGUUGUUGUGGCUGAUUUUGGUUUGGCAAGAGUGACAGAAGAACCACCAUCUUAUGUAAAAAACGGCGCGAAUCAUUCAUCCAAGUCGCCAGGCGGAAAACCACCAGGGCCAAAGAAAAGGUAUACUGUAGUAGGAACACCGUUUUGGAUGGCACCAGAGAUGUUAAAUGGAAAAGAUUACGAUGAGCGAGUCGACGUGUUUUCUUAUGGGAUCGUGAUGUGCGAGAUCAUAGGAAGAGUAUAUGCUGAUCCAGAGUUUCUUCCAAGAACAAAGUAUUUCGGUAUUGACGAAGAAGCUUACCGUAAAAAGUUUUGUACUGAAUGUCCUGAGGUGUUCUACCAAGCAGCGUUUAAUUGUUGUAGCAUGGACCCCGAUAAAAGGCCCACAUUCAGUACAGUCGAAAAUUGGAUGGAAGCUAUAAUAUUACAUCUCGAGGUUGGGCUUCCUUUGCCUUCUGAGAUAGAAUCCUCUCUACUCCCAAACUCCUUAUCAAAGGUAACUGAGUCUAAAUAGAGCGCAAGAGGAAUCGAAACGAAACUUAAACUUGCGCAAGGCAGCCAGAAAAGAUCCCUAAAGACAUCAUCGAUGGACUAGUCUGUAGAAGGACCUCCCGAUAACUAGCCCGGAGAGUUAAGGAGGCUGUGGGUAGUUUUGGUCUUGGACACCUAGCCGCAUUGAAACGGCUACAACUUCGUCUUGAAUAACUCGAUCUGCAAGCUCUUUUCAAUGAGGCUAGGUGUGCCAGACCAAAACUACCCACAGCCUCCUUAAAAAAGAGAAAAAUACCAAAUAGGUUUUUUCAAAACAGCAUAAUACCAGUAAGAUGGCCCUAAGUAUCAGUAUGUGAAGGUUUGAUAGAGUGAUUUUACUUUGCCCAUGAAACAAAGCUGUAUGAUUAGUAACUAACAGUCAAAGUAUAACAACAACAAAAUGGAAUUUUGGUCUACUACUAUGUAUUACGUUGACUAUUCUUUCGUGGUCGAAGUAAAAUCACUCAGUAAAUGAUAAUCGCACAAGCAUUGUCAGUGGACGAUGUGUAACAAACAUCGCCUUUUUCAGUUUCUAUGCACGUGACGACGAGAGUAUAUGUCACGUGACCAAUACACCCAAAUAUGGGUUGAUAAAAAUAAACGUAAGAAAUCUUUAAAACUACCCAGUCGCUUAACACGGAAGAAUUUUAAUAAUUCAUUAAAUAGUAUUAUU